GAUACAUUACAAGAAGUGAAACUACCCGUCAUAUCGACUGAGGAGUGCCGCAAACGAACCCUAUUUUUACCACUAUAUAAGAUCACUGAUAAUAUGUUUUGCGCCGGUUAUGACAGAGGGGGUAGGGAUGCCUGUCUGGGCGAUUCCGGGGGACCUCUGAUGUGCCAGAAGAGGAACGGCAAAUGGUUUCUGUUGGGAGUGACCAGUAAUGGUGACGGCUGUGGUCGAGCCGGUCGUCCCGGUGUAUACACUAAAGUUGCCAAAUAUAUGGAUUGGAUCGACAAUGUUAUAAACGGCGAGUUAGAGCCAGAGCUGAGCCGGUCGUGCGAUGGCCUCCGAUGUCCUUUAGGUCGAUGUCUGCGAAAAGAGCACAUUUGUAACGGUGUUAUGGACUGCAGAGACGCUUCCGAUGAGCAAAACUGUAUGGAUUUCGGCAAAAGAAACCAAACGUUGCGUAAACUCCUAAUGAGAAGAGUACUCCUAUUAGUUGUGGAUAUUAUUUUUGUGGUGAAGGAUUCGCCCAUUGGAUCCCUGGGCUGGACGUGUCUGUCGUUCAAAGUGUACGUUUCUUUACAAACGAUUCGUUGUCUCAAGAAUUUAAUAUUAAACGGCUAUUUGAAAGUCAUU